CUUGGUGUUUGGCAAUGGCUCGCCCAGGCUGCCUCUGGUGAGGGGCACACACAUCCAGUGACAGGCGGCUCCUCCUCCCUUCAGAGGCUGGCGGAGUGUGAUCAGGUUACACAGCUCGCUAUGGAGCUGCAGUGUGGAGGAGCAGAGGAGGGGAUGAGGGACAGGUCACCACAAGAACCCACCACAAUGCUGGCUGCCUGCUUCCCCCGGCACAUGCCCUGCUGAGGAUUACUACCAGCCUGCAUGGGCUCCUUGUGACAUGAACUUCCAGGCUGGCACCGAGGUGUGAAGAAGAAUGAGGGGCUGCUUUGUGCUUCUAUGAAAGGGAAGGAAGUUCAGUGGCCCAUGUGAGGUAUUACAGUGCCACCCUCUAGAGCCCAGGGCUGCUGCCCUCUUGUCAUUUCACUGCUUGGCUUGUGCCCCCGCCGGCUGUUCUAGAUGCUCCUGGGGGCAUCCUGGCUGUGCACCUCUAAGGGACCACAGAAGCCUUCUAAGGGGGAAGAGGAGGAGAGGGGUGGUAGGAGAGAAGGGGCAGACAUGGACGAGUCUUCGCUGCUGGAUCUGCUGGAGUGCUCCGUGUGCCUGGAGAGGCUGGACACCACUGCCCGGGUACUCCCGUGCCAGCACACCUUCUGCCGCCGCUGCCUGCAGAGCAUUGUCAGCUCUAGGAACGAGCUGCGCUGCCCGGAGUGCCGCAUCCUGGUGGAGUGUGGGGUGGAUGAUUUACCCGCCAAUAUCCUGCUUGUCCGACUUCUGGAUGGUAUCCGGCAGAGACCCCGAAAUAGCCCCACUGGGAGCCCCACUGCAGGUGGGCAUCACUGUGCGGGCAGCAACAACAGCAACAACCAUAGCCCGGGAUGUUCUGCCACUGGAGGGACCGCUGGGACUCCCUGCACUCCCAACCUGAGGGAACUGGCUGCUGCCAGCCAAAAUGCCCUCCUUCUAGCUAAGGAGGAACAUCUUGAAUUGAAAGAACUGCACUGCAGAAAAGCUGUAAAGAGAUUGGUAUGGAAGAAUAUUUCUCAGCUCCCAUGUGGAAAAGCACUCUACGCUUAUGAGGGAAAGGAGCCCGGUGAUCUAAAAUUUAACAAGGGUGACAUCAUCAUUCUACGACGGAAAGUAGAUGAGAACUGGUAUCAUGGAGAACUGAAUGGAAAUCGGGGCUUCUUUCCAGCAAGUUAUAUCCAGUGCAUAAAGCCUCUUAGCCAGCCUCCUCCACAAGGGAAAGCACUUUAUGACUUUGAAAUCAAGGAUAAAGAUCAGGAUAAGGACUGUCUAACUUUCACCAAGGAUGAAAUUCUGACAGUGAUCAGACGUGUAGAUGAUAAUUGGGCUGAAGGAAUGUUGGGAGACAAGAUUGGGAUUUUUCCCAUUCUCUAUGUAGAGCUGAACGAGGCAGCCAAACAACUCAUUGAGAAGGACAAGACAAGCUUAUCCUCAGCACCAGGCUAUGAGGUCCCUGUCUCUGUUGAUGCCAACAUGGUACACAGUGUGACCCAGAGUCCUAUUCUAAACAAUACCGGAGUUGUCAGUGCCAACCAGAGGCAUGUCAACAUCAAGAAGAAUGCCAAGAAACGACACUCGUUCACAGCCCUCAGUAUGACGCACAAAUCCUCCCAUGCCAUGAAUAACAGACAUUCCAUGGAAAUUAGUGCUCCAGUAUUGAUCAGUUCUAGUGAUCCCCGCGCUGCUGCCAGAAUCGGAGGCAUGACUCAACUAUCAUCCAGUGCUCCAGUCCAGGAUUCUUCAUCAUUUGGCUCUACGGCUGGAGCUGGUGCUGCUAGUCCUAAAACAGGCACCCUCAUUGGAGAACAAGGGAGUUCGCCAAAAGUUCAAUUACCUCUUAAUGUGUAUUUAGCCCUGUAUGCCUACAAGCCACAAAAAAAUGAUGAACUGGAGCUGCGGAAAGGAGAGAUGUACAGAGUUACCGAAAAAUGCCAGGAUGGUUGGUUUAAAGGCACGUCCCUCCGCAAUGGGGCAUCAGGAGUUUUUCCUGGCAAUUAUGUUACUCCAGUUUCAAGGAUGCCUGCUGGAUUUGCCCAGUCACGAAACUGCACCAUGGGAGUUCCCCUCGCAAGCAGAAGUUCGCCAUUAGCUUCACAUGCAUCUCCUGGUGGGAUGACAAAUUGUACCAAUGUUGUCAGACCUGUUCUCCCUAUUACGGUACCUCAGAUACAUGCUCACCAAUCUCCAACAUCCUCUCAGAACAAUUCACCUAAGAUUUCCAACCAGCAAGCUAUUAACCACACACGCACCUCUGUACAGAUGGCACAUCCUUCAGCACAACCUCAAGAACGUCCCACAGCUACUGUUUCACCUAUAAGGACUCACAGUUCCCCAUCUCGACUCCCAGCUAGUCCAAACAGGCCACAGUCAACUGUUUCUCCACAACACAUGUCUCAGCAGCACUCCUCUGUACAAACUUCUGUCGCAGCCCACUGCCCUCGGCCAAUUAUUCCUUUAACUUCAACGGCAGCAGCCAUCACACCUCCGAAUGUAACUGCAACCAGCAUUUAUGCUGAGACCAAUGGCCCAGUCAACUGCACGCCAACCUCCAGCCCUACAAACAACGGCUGCAAGACAGAAGACAGGAAGACUGAGAAAAGAGAAAAGAAGGGUGGAUUGCUUAAACUUCUGGCAGGAGCCUCUGCAAAAAAGAAGUCACGUUCUCCACCAUCCAUUUCACCAACACAUGAUCCCCAGGCUAUGGUAGAAGGAGUUAUUCAAGGUGCUGUCGGACUUGAGCUCUCAAUGAUCAACCAUGGAAGAGCAGGGUCAUGUCCCAUUGAAAGUGAAAUGCAAGGAGCAAUGGGAAUGCAUCCGUUACAUAGGAAAACUGGCUCCUUAGAUCUAAAUUUUUCAAUUCCAUCUCCAGUCAGACAGCCUACUUGCGCAAUGGUAGCUGUACGACCAGAACCCAAAUCACUGUCCAGAGAAAGAUAUAGAGUUGUUGUUCCCUAUCCACCACAGAGUGAAGCAGAAAUUGAACUAAAGGAAGGUGACAUUGUAUUUGUUCACAAGAAGCGGGAAGAUGGUUGGUAUAAGGGCACAUUGCAAAGAAAUGGAAGGACAGGGCUUUUCCCUGGAAGCUUUGUGGAAAGUUUUUAAUUAUGCCAUGCAGCAUUUCUAUACAAUGAAGGAGCAUCCGGCAAAGUACCAUAUGGUAUGUGGAAACAUAGUGGGUGGAAACAUACAUGACACAUAAUAAGCACAAAAUAUCAAGAAAACGGAUGCCAAAACAAUGAGUUGCCAUUUUGACUUCCAAAGAUACCCUUGGACCAUCAGCCUUUGGUCAAGAUAGAACAAUAUGUUUGAUGUCCAUCAUGGAGAAAUGGCUGACUGGAAGAUCCAGUGGUAUGUUGGAGUUGUGCCUUCUGCUUAGAACCAUGAACUGAGAAGAUGCACGUAUUGACCAUGUUUGCUAUUUGUGAUGUAUACAUCAUAAAUGAAAUUUAAAAUGGAUCUUUUAUUCUCCGCUAACUUAUUUGUAUACACUGCAGUGUUCUUAUUACUUGCCUAUGCAAGAGGAAUAAAUUAUAGGAAUCAGCCAAUGGGGCUUUGCACAUUUAACUGUACACUUGAUGUAGUUUAUACUGCUACAAUAAUAAAUGCCUGCACAAUAAUGGGCACAAGCUCACCAUUGUAUUAAAGAGAUUAUGUCAAAAGUUAGAAUACGAUUUAGCCGGUCAUUGAAUGUUACUCUUUCCUUAACUUUUAAAAUAACUUUUUCAGUAGCAUUGUUAUAAUUUUAUGUUUUCAUUUUUUAUUGAAUUUGUUUAUGAGCAAUUAUAGUCACAAUGAAUUUUACUGAAUUGUUUUGCUCGGUCAUAUUUCAGUUUGGUUAAAAAUGACAAUGAGAACCAGCUCAAUAAAAGAAAGCACAAUAGCAGGGAAGAUGGG